GCGACCUUGCAGCAUUGCGGGCCAUGUUUCCUUUUCAAAUGCCUGUGGAUGUAACAGGUGGCGAUAAGGCUUCGAGGUUUCUGCAAUGAAACUUGGCAGUUUACCUCCGCCUUUCUGCAGAAGCGACAGCCGGCAUGCGCAGAUUACGACCUAUGCCACUUCUGUUGAUGACUUCCUGGGGACGCCUCGAGCUCCGACAGGACAGAUGCCUCACCAUCAUGCCGAUGCUGCACCGGAAUAAAGCCCCGGUGGCUCGUCCCGUCGACCGGGCAGGACCUCGCUGGAGUCUGGACACCACGUUGAGUUCUUUCGGACGUAAGAUCGCACGUAAGAUGACGGGACGUCUUUCGUCGUGGGUGGGUGACUGCUUUAGCGAACCCACACGCCAGCUUCUGCCACACCCCAAGGAUACAACCCGAAGGAUUCAUCGCGUCUUUCUUUACGUACGUUAUAAGUGAACGACUUGUCGUCGACCUGUGUGCGAUUUUUGCUUUUCUCCCACUCUAGCUUAACGGCCGAAG